GUUGUAGCGCCUGCCGCUGCAACACCCAUAGCUGCUGGAGUAAAAGCGCUAAUCGACUCAUUUACAUCCAGUGAAAGGGAGCAGACCCUGUUGGAGCUUGUAAAGAUCUUCCACAGAAACGGCAAUGACACAUGCAUCCUCGUGGACGAAGCCAACAUAGCAUUGCCGGCAGGGGAGAGCUUUGAAGAUAGGCAGAAUGCGAUGCAAGCAUUACAAUACUUCGUGAUGUUGACCAAGGAGCAAAAACAAGCAAGUGUGGUGUUCAUCACUUCGGAGCUGGGGUAUCCUUUCCGGCUUCAAGGCUGUGGCAUGAACUUGCAAGACAUAUCCAACAUCGUCAUCGUGAACGAAGUGCCCGAGGCGGACAUGCUGCGGCUCAUGAUGGACGAAUGGGGCAUGAGUCAAGACCUUGCGAAAGAGUUCUUCAGCUACUUCGGUGGAAAUAUCGCCGUUUGCUCCCAAGCGGGGUGGUCGCCAGUCUACGAUCUUAACCUGGAUGCUGCUGCGAAGCUCAUCGCAGAAAAGAACGUAGGCGGCGUUGUUCCGAAGAGGGCAAUGCAUUUCGACCUUCCUGACAACAUUUGGAAUGGAACGCAUGAGUACGCCCUUGUACCAUCGGGCACGCUGAUGAGAUGGAAGAUUGGGAAGGAGCUGGCGCGGAGGGAGAGCAUG